AUGGCAUCAGUCGCAAAGCACCUAAAAACGGCCAUUGUAACAGGUGGCGCAAGAGGAAUCGGCCAGGGAAUAGCCCUGAAACUCGCGAGCACAGGCUACGACGUCACCAUCGCAGACCUUCCCUCCAUGUCCGGCGAAGCAACAGCAACAGCAAAGCAGAUUGAAGGUCUGGGCCGGAAAGCCUUCGUCGCCCUCGGCGACGUAUCCGUCCGGUCGAGCGUAGAAAGGAUGGUCGCAGACCACGUGAAGAACCUAGGACCUUUAUUCACCAUGGUUGCUAACGCCGGGGUCUGCGAGAUCAAGCCGCUGCUCGACGUCACCGAGGAAGACAUGCGGCGCAUGUACAGCGUUAAUGUAUUCGGCCUGUUCAACUGCUACCAGGCCGCCGCGAAACAGAUGAUCAGCCAGGGCACGCCGGGCCGGCUGAUUGGAGGGGCGAGCAAAUUUGCUGUACGGGGAUUAACGCAGGGCAUGGCGAUGGAGAUGGCGCCGUACGGGAUCAGAGUUAACGCGUAUUGCCCUGGUAUCCAUGCGACGCCAAUGUGGGACGAGAUCGAUGCCAGCCUGGGGAAACUGGAGGGGAGGGCGAAGGGCGAAACCUUGAAGAAAUAUAGCGAGGCGAUCGCAUUGGGGAGAACAGGGACGCCGGAAGAUGUUGCAAAGUUAGUGGCGUUCUUGGCUAGCGACGAAAGCGAGUAUAUGACCGGGCAAAGCAUUUGCAUUGACGGGGGAAUCAUCUUCACUUGA